AUGGUAACGGGUCAGAAUACAACAGGAGAAGUUGAGGAAUUCAAAGUAGGAGUGGUAAUUGAUGCUAAUACAUCCGUGGCAAAGGUGUGGCUGACUUGCAUUGACAUGGCUCUCUCUGACAUCUAUGCAUAUCGUAAAACUUAUAAGAGAAGGCUGGUUCUUCAUGUUAUGGAUUCUAAAAGUGAUGUUCUUGAUGCAUCAUCUGCAGCCCUCAAUCUAAUACAGAAUGUUAAAGUUCAAGCUAUUAUAGGACCGACAACAUCAGCACAAGCCAUUAACGUUGCGCAUCUUGGAAAACGAUAUCAAGUUCCAAUUAUUUCAUUCAGUGCAACAAGUCCUUCCAUUUCCCUUGCUCAGAAUCCUUACUUCAUUCGUACGUCUCUAAACGGAUCGUCUCAAGUAAAUGCUAUUGCUGCCAUUGUUAAGAAAUUCGGAUGGAGAGAAGUUGUACCUCUUUAUGAAGACACUGAAUACGGGCAUGGUGUCAUUCCAUAUUUGAUGGAUGCUUUUCAAAAUACCAACACCAGAGUUCCUUAUAGGAGUGUCUUUCCUAGUGCGGCUACUGAUGAUCAAAUUACCCAAGAGCUUAACAAAUUAGACAACAUGGGAACUAGGGUACUCAUCCUGCAUAUGCUUUCACCUCUAGGCUUACGUGUUUUUACGCAAGCAAAAGUGCUUGGUAUGAUGAACAAAGGGUACGCAUGGAUUAUUACCUCAGGAUUAGGCACUGAUUUGAAUUCGUUCGAGCCUUCAGAUAUUGAUACGAUGCAAGGAGUGUUAGGCAUAAGGCCAUACAUCUCACAACACAAAGAGGUUGCUGCAUUUGAAGGUAGAUGGAAAAUCAAGUUUCGAAAAGAAUACCCAGAUAUCGAAAGGAAGUUGGAUAUAUUUGGUAUAUGGUCAUAUGAUACAAUUCGGGCAUUAGCUAGUGUAGUCGAGAAUUUUCAAACAGGUCCUGAACUCUUGCAAGAAUUAUCAAACAUGAAAUUUGAAGGUCUAAGCGGGGUAUUCCAUCUAGUCAACAGGCAAUUGCAGUCAGAUGCCUUUCAAAUACUUAAUAUUUGUGGAAGUGGGAUUCGGGAUAUUGGCAUUUGGAGACCUUCAGAUGGUACAAAUAAGCUUAAUUUGCGGCCUGUCAUAUGGCCAGGGGAUGCCACCGAGAAACCUAAAGGUUGGGAAAUUCCGCUCAAGGAUAGAAAGUUAAGGAUUGGAGUGCCUUUAAAAAAUGGUUUUAAUGAAUUCGUGAAGACAACGAAGAAUUCUUGCAAUGGUACAAGAUAUGAUGUCGCUGGUUAUUGCAUAGAUGUCUUUACUACUGCACUCGAGAAGUUACCAUAUUGUGUACCCCAUGAGUUUAUUCCUUAUGAGAAAAACGAAAGCGGAAAAGCUGGAAGCUAUUAUGAUGAUCUUGUCCACCAGGUGCAGCUUCAGAAUUUUGACGUUGUAGUUGGGGAUGUUACUAUUACUGCAACGAGAUCACAACACGUAGAUUUUACGUUACCGUAUACAGAAGGUGGGGUAUCGAUGAUUGUGUUAGUGAAAAAGGAUUUGAGUCAGGAUACCUGGAUAUUUCUCAAGCCAUUGGAGUGGAAGCUCUGGGUAACAACUGGAGCUUUCUUUCUUUUAGUAGGUGUUGUAAUUUGGAUUCUUGAACACAGAGUAAACAGGGAGUUUAGAGGAGGGCCUCAUUCUAUGUAUCAGUGGGGCACACUGCUUUCGUUCUCCUUCUCAAUGCUUGUUUUUGCACACAAGGAGAGGGUGUUAAGCAAUUUGGGUAGAUUCGUGAUGGGCAUCUGGCUUUUUGUUGUGUUAAUUCUCACGCAGAGUUACACAGCAAAUUUGGCAUCCAUGUUAACGAUUCAACGAUCUGAUCCCACCUACAACGAUGUCAACCAACUCAUCCGAUAUGGGUACAACGUAGGUUACCAGGAGGGUACAUUCGUUUUCGGAAUGUUGAAACGUAUGGGUUUUGAUGAGUCUAAUCUGAAAAGCUACAAAUCCCCGGGAGAGUUUGAUGAAGCUUUCUCCAAAGGGAGAAGUGAAGGUGGCAUUGUUGCUGCUUUCGAGGAGCUACCUUACAUUGAACUCAUCCUUGCAGAAUAUUGCGGUAAAUACAUGAUGGUGGGAGAUAUAUAUCCAUACGAUGGAUUUGGUUUUGUUUUCCCAAAAGGUUCUCCCCUGUGUCCUGAUAUUUCAAGAACAAUCUUAAGCACGAGAGAGGAAGGAAGAACAGAGCGGUUUAAAAAAGGUUGGUUCAAGAACCAAAAAUCUUGUGCCGACAACAAUGACCCCUAUGGUUCAUCAAACAGUCUUACUCUUGGUAGCUUUUGGAUCCUGUUUCUAAUUACAGGAAUCUGUUCAGCCUUGGCAGUCAUUGCAUUUUUGACGAUAUUCUUUUACGAAAACAAACAGAUUUUGAGAGACCCGAGUAUUACUACUCGUAACAAAAUCCUCAACUUGCUUAGAAAGUUCUGUGAACAUGAUGAAAAUCGCUUGAUCACAUACUUUGAGCCUCCUGCAUGCAGUGACCAAAAUAAAAUUGUUGACAAUAGAGUUCAUGCAACAGAAAUCAACAUAGAUGCUGUAGAUUCGCUUCCACGGAUUCAUGCAUCUCCGAUGGCUGGAAAUGUUAGCGCACGGAGUGACAACUCUAAUGCAGAAAUGGGAGGCUAUACAACACUUGUUGCUGAUCACAAUAUAGCUUCCGGAAAUUGUAUCCCAGCAGAUAGCAAUACAAGAACAUAUGUAGGAAAAUUAUAA